AUGGAGAAAACAUUGGCUGAAUUGCAUGGGAUGCUAAAAACAGUAGAGGAGAGCAUUAAGGAAAAUUCCACUCAUGUGAUGGUGGUUCAGAAGGAGAGCAAAAGGAGGAAGCGUUGGGCGCCUCCUAAAGGCAUAGCUAAAGGAAAGGUUCCUAAUAAGCCCUCGAGCUCUAAGCAAAAGCCAAAGAUUAAAUCUGGCCCUACUCCUUAUGAUGAAUGCUUCCAUUGCCAUGCCAAGAUACAUUGGUCAAGAAAUUGCAAGAAAUACUUGGAGGAUCUGAAGAAGAAGAAGAAGGGAAGUGAGACUUCCACCUCAGGGACUUCAAAGGACUAG